UUCCUUAGCUUAUAUGAUCUCCUCAUCUCUUCUAAACUUCCCCCGAUCUUCGGCCUGAGCUGUAUGCGAGUAACACUCCGUAAGACGGUCACAGUGACGGUGCCGGUGCCCAACUCAUACGCAAAUUGAAUUCCUUUAGAACCUCUAAAACCUCUCAAAAGCUCGAAUUGCAGAAGUUCUUUCCAGAUUAAUUUUUCAAGUGUUGUGGCUGGAAAUCAGUAAUGAAUGAGCUCAUCCCCGGGCCGAGGGCGGCCGCCCCUCCUGCCCUGGCUCAGGGACGGGCCUGAUUGUUAAAAGGAAUGUGGUGUGACUUUUACGGUGUGUUCUAACGAAAGAGUUUGGAGGUAUAGGGAAGGGAAGGAGAGUAUCUUAGAAUUGGUGUGUUCUAAUUCCUAUUACAUUUCAAUAAAUUAAUUUUUUUUAAUGGGGAGGAAUAUGAUAGGCCUCUUGUUCUCCAUGAUUGGUAGCCAAUAAGUAUUUAAUACGGGUUGAGCUUCGUAUUUGUUUGUUGUCAUAUGUUAGGGAAGAGGCAUCACAUGGAAGGAUCUUUAAUGCAGAAUGCUCCUUUUGACCUUUAUUAUAGAGAAAGCAUUGAGCCUUGAUAAUCUCAAGAAAUCAAGGCCACCAUGGCAACCUGAAGUAACAACAAAGAGAAAAUGGUUAGCGGGACUAUAUUUCAUUGUAGGAAAAACUCAUGGCCUCGAGAAGAGUAUGUGAGCAGAGUUACAUUGCAGUUGCUGGAUUUUGAUAGUGCGGCUCCACCUGAGCAAGCUUGGAGGAGGAGGUUGAACAGCCAUGCUAACAUUCUGAAAGAAUUUAGUGUCACAUUUGUGGAAGCAAUUAAGAUGGUUCGUCUCGGUAUUCGUUUGUGGUCGUAUGUUAGGGAAGAGGAAUCACAUGGAAGGAAAGCUCCUAUUGACCCUUUUAAUAGAGAAAGCGCCAAACCUUCAGCAUCUCAAGGAGUACCGCUGGGAGGAAUGGGAAGUGGCAGCAUAUCUAGAGGUUUCAGGGGAGAGUUUAGGCAAUGGCAAAUUAUUCCUGGUCUAUGUGAGGCUUCCCCUGUCAUGGCCAAUCAAUUUUCAAUUUUUAUAUCUCGUGAUGGAGGAAAUAGAAGAUAUGCAUCAGUUUUGGCCCCUGGGCAGCAUGAAGGUUUAGGAAAAUCCAGUAAUCAAGGUAUAUCAUCUUGGGGAUGGAAUUUGGAUGGACAGCAUUCAUCUUAUCAUGCUCUAUUUCCAAGGGCUUGGACAAUAUAUGAUGGUGAACCUGAUCCUGAACUGAAGAUUUCGUGUCGUCAAAUAUCUCCUUUUAUACCUCAUAACUAUAAGGACAGCAGUCUUCCUGCUGCAGUCUUUGUAUAUACGUUGGUGAACAAUGGGAAGGACAGGGCUAAAGUCAGCCUUCUUUUCACUUGGGCUAACUCUGUUGGGGGAGCCUCCCAUCUAUCUGGAGAGCAUGUUAAUGAACCAUUUAUAGGUGAAGACAGCGUUUCUGGUGUUCUCCUGCAUCACAAGACUGCAAAGGACAAUCCUCCAGUCACUUUUGCAAUUGCUGCUUGUGAAACACAGAAUGUGAAUGUGACUGUCCUUCCAUGCUUUGGUUUAGCGGAGGGAAGUUGUAUUACAGCGAAGGAUAUGUGGUCAAAAAUGACACAGGAUGGACAAUUUGACCGGGAGAACUUUAAUGCUGGACCAAGCAUGCCAUCCAUGCCUGGAGAAACACUUUGUGCUGCUGUUUCGGCUUCAACAUGGGUGGAGCCUCAUGGAAAGUGUACUGUUGCAUUUUCUGUUGCAUGGUCUUCCCCUAAAGUAAAAUUUUCAAAAGGAAGCUCUUAUAACAGGCGAUAUACGAAGUAUUAUGGUACAUCUCCACGAGCAGCCAAGGAAUUGAUACAUUAUUCACUCACUAACUAUAAGAGAUGGGAGGAGGAAAUUGAAAAAUGGCAGGAGCCGGUGCUGAAGGAUGAUAGGCUACCAGAAUGGUACAAAUUUACCCUGUUUAAUGAACUAUACUUUUUGGUAGCUGGUGGGACUGUUUGGAUAGACUCUGCCGAGUCAGCUGGAAGUUAUGUUAAUAAUAAAAAGCAGUUGACAGAAGACGAGAACACAAAGAAUACUUCAACAACUAAGGUCGACACUAUAGGAUUGGUGAUUGAGCAUACAAAUGGAGCAAUUUGUGAUAAGGCUGUUGCUCCAAUGGGAGACCAUGGAAAAGGACAUGCUUCAAAGGAAGAGAUAGAAUUACCCUGUAAAAAGGCUAAUCAGUCAUCUGUUUUGGCAGAACCCCAGGAUGGUUAUAAUGAUGUGGGCAGGUUUCUUUAUCUGGAAGGAGUGGAAUACAUCAUGUGGUGCACGUAUGAUGUACACUUCUAUGCAUCUUUUGCGCUGCUUGAUUUGUUUCCAAAAAUUGAACUUAGUAUUCAACGUGAAUUUGCCAAAGCUGUCUUAUCUGAGGAUGGUAGAAGAGUACGGUUCCUAGCAGAAGGUAAUGUGGGAAUUCGGAAGGUAAGAGGAGCUGUUCCUCAUGAUCUGGGAACACAUGACCCGUGGAAAGAGAUGAAUGCCUAUAAUAUACACGAUACAAGCAAAUGGAAGGACUUGAACACCAAGUUUGUGCUCCAGGUCUAUCGGGAUUUCUCUGCAACAGGAGACAUGUCAUUUGGAGCUGAUGUUUGGCCUUCUGUUCGAGCUGCCAUAGAGUAUAUGUAUCAAUUCGACACGGAUGAUGAUGGCCUUAUAGAGAAUGAUGGAUUUCCAGAUCAGACGUACGAUACUUGGACAGUUCAUGGUGUCAGUGCUUAUUGUGGCGGCUUGUGGCUUGCAGCACUUCAGGCAGCAGCAGCAAUGGCUUCUCAACUAGGUGACGAAGAGUUUGGUGAAAAAUGCAAGAAAAAACUUUUGGUGGCUAAAAAUGCCUUUGAAACUAAGUUGUGGAAUGGGUCUUAUUUCAACUAUGAUUCUGGAUCAAGCAGUAACAGUAAAUCUAUUCAAGCAGAUCAAUUAGCUGGACAAUGGUAUACUGCUUCAUCUGGGUUGCCUAAUCUCUUUGAUGACAACCAAAUUAAGAGCACCCUGCAGAAGAUAUUUGAUUACAAUGUCAUGAAAGUUAAAGGAGGUCGGAUGGGUGCUGUAAAUGGAAUGCAUCCCAGUGGGAAGGUGGACGAGACCUGCAUGCAAUCACGUGAAAUUUGGAGUGGAGUUACAUAUGCUGUGGCUGCUACUAUGAUUCUUUCAGGAAUGGAGGAGCAGGGAUUUUCCACUGCUGAAGGAAUAUUUAUUGCUGGCUGGUCUGAAGACGGAUUUGGAUAUUGGUUCCAAACGCCGGAGGCUUGGACACUGGAUGGCCAUUACCGAUCUCUUAUAUACAUGAGGCCAUUGGCAAUUUGGGGAAUGCAGUGGGCAUUAUCUAUGCCUAAAGCAGUUCUUCAGCCACCUAGGAUAAACAUAAUGGACAGGAUCGAUUUGUCUGCUUUGGAUUCAAGAUCUACUUUGAGUUUAACAUCCGCUCGUACUGAGGCAGCUCGCAGAAAAGCUUCUGGGAAAUUGAAGUGUUUUGGCAAUUCAAUGUUUAGUUGUGCAAGUUAGUGUAUGUGUACAUUGUUUUUUGGCGGACAUUCCAGGUUCUUCAUACACAAUAAUGCGGAACCAGCUCCUCAUCUCAAGAUACAAUUGGUUGAACAACAACCAUUUUAUUUCUUUUUCGCGUACGUUGUGGCUCCGUUGUUUCCCAGAAUGUAAGAUAUUAAUGUACUGUAAAAGGAUCACCAUUGAAUAAUUUUGAUGUAUUUGUUACUAACUAGUGAUUCUCUUUCUCCUUUCUCUCUGCGCAAUAAUGGAGUUUGAAGGAAAUGAGGAGUUGUAUUAUAUAAACAUAUAACGUAUAUGAUAAUAUGAAUAUCCAGGUCUUCAAAUAAGGAAUUCAAAGAUCUCUUUACAAAGCA